AUGACUUGCGCCACAAUCCAGGAUGGUGAUGAAGGUCUGGAUUGGGCUUUCUUCAACCUAGGUCUCCUUUAUUCCGACCAAGGCAAGAUGCAAGAGGCCGAGGAAAUGUACUUGCGGGCGCUUCGAGGGAAGGAGAAGGCGUGGGGACCAGACCACACAUCGACAUUAGACACGGUCAACAACCUAGGUCUCCUUUACUCCGUCCAAGGCAAGAGGCAAGAGGCUGAGGAAAUGUACCUGCGGGCGCUUCGAGGGUACGAGAAGGCCAUAGGGCCCCAAGAUAUUGCGAGAUACCGACCAGCAAUUAAUACAAUGUGGGGUUUGGGGGCUUUCCUAUGGCGUCAGGACAAGCCAGUCGAGGCGGGGGAAUAUUAUCACCGGGCUCACAGCAAUCUUGAGAAACAACAGCACCAUGGCAAGCCCAAAGGAACAGACGCCGAGAUGUCUUGA